AUGUCAUGGUUAAUACAUCGUGUAUUAAAUGAUAAAUUAAUAAUUGAUGAAUUAGAUCCUAUCGUUAAAAAGUAUGGAAUAACAUAUGAGUUCCAACAUCAUAUUGAUGUUGGUAAUUCAAAGCCAAUCAAACAGGGUCCAUACAGAUUAUUGAACCCUGAAAAAAAGACAGCAUGCGUUAAACAAACAGCUGAAAUGUUCGAGGCUGGCAUCUGUGAGCCGAGCUUUGGUCCGUGGGUGAGUCCCGUGACUCUUGUUCCCAAAAAGGACAGCACUCUUCGUUUUUGUGUUGAUUUUCGUAAAGUGAACGAAAUCACCGUGAAGGAUACGUCAUAUUGUAAGUGCGCAGGCAUUAGACCAGAUCCAGAAAAGUCAGAAGCUGUAAGAUCAUUUCCUAUCCCUGGUAAGGCAAAAGAUGCCCGCGCUUUCCUAGGACUAACCGGCUAUUAUAGGCGAUUUAUCAAAAAUUAUGCAGAAGUUGCAGAAUCUUUGUCUAAUUCUAUUCGAGAAAAAUACAAUCCAAUUUUCGCGUUCACACCAGAAUGUCAACAAGCGUUUGAGCUAUUGAAACAACGUCUCAUUUCUGCACCAAUAGUUGCUUAUCCAAAUUUUGAUUAUCCUUUUUUAUUACAGUUAGAUGCUUGCGACUAUGGUUUAGGUGCUGUGCCAGCUCAGAAUAUUGAUGGAAUUGAACAUGUCAUCGCCUACGCAAGCAGAACUUUGCAAUCAUGCGAAAGGAAAUACUCAGCGUCUGAACGUGAGUGUUUAGACAGUGUUUGGGAUGCCCAACAUUUUCGAUCAUAUUUAGAGGGUCGUCCAUUUGAAGUCUGGACAGAUCAUAUAGAUCUUUGCCAUGGUUAA